AUGCGACUACUUUUUGCUGUAAUUUUAAUAGCUGCAAUAUUCGGUUUGGGAUCUGCGGGCCGAUCUCGAAGAGUCAAACGCUUCGACUCGUCUUCGUACGAAAAAUUCUACCGAAGAGCCUGGCGCCAUGGUCUCGGUUACGGAGGUUGGGGCGGUGGCUACAGACCGAUGUGGGGCGGAUGGGGUGGUGGUGGAUAUCCGGGUUUCUAUCAGCCGUAUGGAUGGGGUAAACGAUAA